AUGUUCGUUUCUUUUCGGCAAACCAUCACUGAAAAUGGCUUUGCCGCUUUGAACCCUGUCUCGACUUCUUCUUCCUCCUGCAUCUAUCAGAAGGCUGUUUCCUGCUGUGCCGACCCUCAUGACUCUUUCAUCGCGACUAUGGCUUCAAGCAAUUUCCACUUCUCCAUGCUCUAUGGCGGCGAUGACCGUCUCACCGCUACCGCUCGGCACCAGCGCUAUCUUUUUUCGAAACUUGCGCUCAAACCGGGCAUGCGUGUGUUGGAAGUUGGCUGCGGUGUAGGGGACGCAUGCUUUGAGCUUUUGCAUUUUAUGAAUGUUUCUGUUGUUGGGAUUGAUCUGGACUCGGACAAGAUUAAUGCGGCCUCUAUGAGAGCUCUCAACGGUCGUGUUGGAGGUCGAGCCGAGUUUCGUUGCGCGGACUUAUACCAACUGGAGUCCGAAUUCGGCGCGGAAUCUUUUGACGCGAUUUACAGUAUCGAAUCUCUCAAGCAUUGUGCGAGCUUUCUAAUUUCGUAUUCCACCUUGGGACGUUUAUUGCGUCCAGGAGGCAUGCUCGGAAUUUACGAGUGGUGCUGGACAGCAAGCAUGAACCCACUCGAUAUCACUCAUAUCCAAUUGGCAGAACUUUUCGAAGAGCAGACCCAGAUCGGUCACCGAAGUAUCUUUGACCGUCGUAUUGACUGUGCCACACAAACUGUUCAGGACACUGGAGUCCUCAGGCUAAAGUUGGCAUAUAUCGAAGAUCUCGCCAAUCGUCGCUCGACAUCGGCUUGGUAUGCGCCAUUGGAGCGAGCCUUGGGCCAAUCGGCGACUGUGUGGAGCUCCGAUGCUGACGGCGAAGGUGCCUUCGGGGAUCUAACAAGAAGUGCUGCUGUCUUCAUAGCCCAAGCAGGGCGUCUGAAACUGUUUAGUCCCAUGAUUCUUGUGGUGGCCUGUCAUCUUUGA